AUGGAUGUGAAGCCCGUGCUGACCAAAUGCGCGGGGAAGCGGUGGGAAAGCAUCGGUUCCGCAUCAACAACCUCUCCACCGCAGCCGGCCACUUCUCACCCACAACCAGCCACCUCGCACCCACACCUAUCCGAUUCAGCGAAUUCCGACUCUGAAAGCAGCAAACCAAGCCGAUCUCUCCUGUCCAUUUUCCAGCGGGCGAAAGUUGGUGGUGGUAGCACCAGCACUGGUGGUGGUAGUCCUGCUCGCGGGACUGCUGGAGCCUCGGGAGGAGCAGCCUCGGGAGGAGCAGCCGCAGGCAAGAAGAAGGAAAGCAGAUCGCCGGAGAGUAGCAAUAGUCAUCCGUACGGGGACGCGCGAAAGAUCAGCAACCGCUACUGCGUCUGGGACGAUCGGCAGAAGGUCUGGUACCGCUUCGAGGGCCAAAGCAGAGUGUACUGGAAAGUCGCAGCUGGCAAAUCGCCUCAGGAGGGCGAAUGGGUCGCACUGCCUUAUGAAGACGAACGACCGAAGGUGGACCUGGUCAGUAAACCGGGUUUCAACGCGCCUGUACGAAGCUCCACGCGUGGCAUUAGUCGGACAGCAAGCGGAGACGGCGGCGCGGGGAAGAGCAGCGCGGGUGCGGAGGACGGGGAGAGGCGGAGGCGGCCGGAUUCUAUGUCAGGCGGGGGUCGGGGGGGUAGUGACUCCGCCAACGCGUGGAGUUUCGUGAAGGAGCAGGAGCUUACGACGGACACGGAGCAGGAGCUGAAGGCGCUGCAAGCAGGCCCGGACCCCAGCCUCGCGUCCUUGCAUGUGUCCAAGUCCUUUCCGCCGGAGGUGGGCAAAGCAGCAGCGCCGAGCGCGGCAGGCGCGGUGGGGGGGAGGGGGAACCUGGGGAACCUGCAGCCGCUGCCAGUCGCGCCCCCUACCGUGCCAUCUGGCGCGUCUUCUCCGCGCAGCGGCCCCUCCACGCCGCCUGAACCAUCAGCCAUGGGAGCUGCAGGAAGAGGAGGAUUAGGAGGAUUAGGAGGAUUAGGAGGAGCUGGAGGAUUAGGAGGAGCAGGAGGAGCAGGGCUGUACGGUUCUUCCCCUUCGAAACAGCCGUUGGAGCACAGGUCUCCCCAUCCGCACACCGUGUCGCCAGACAGACGGGGUCAAGCCUCCAACCCCCUGCCCCUCCCUCCCGCCAGACAAGUAGGCGCGCUGGGCUCAGGACCAAUGGUCGUGAGAAUGGAAGCACCGGCGCCAGGUGUAGGCCCAGGUGUAGGGUCAGGUGUAGGGUCAGGUGUAGGGUCAGGUGUAGGGUCAGGUGUAGCAGCAGCACCAGGGCCUGUCCGCGCGCUCUUCCCCGUGCAUUCCUCCCCUUCCCGGGACCUCGAAGCCGUUUCUGUGAACCAUGCGCCGUCUCACGAGGCUCCGCCGUCAAUCCUCGUAGGUCGAGGAGCAGCAGGGGGCGUGGGCGGUGCUGCUGCUGGUGCUGGUGGCACCGGUGGUGCUGGCGGGUUUGGUCGUGCUGAUGGUGGGUUUGGUGGUGGUGAUGGCGGUGGGUUUGGCGGUGGUGGGGGAAGUGGGGGUGUUAGUCCUCUCGCGCGAGGGAGAUCCGUGUCUACAUCUGGAGCGCCCGGUGGCGGAUCUCAGGGGCACAGCCCGCGGACUCCCGCGCCCUCUCCUAUGGAUGGAGCUGUAGCAGCUGUAGCAGCUGUAGCACCUGUUGCGUCCGCUUCAGCUGGCACUUCGCCGUCUGGCCGCCACAGAAUGUCCCCGCCAGCAGGAGUGCCCUUUGGUGCUCCGCCUGUUGCCGGGAACCCUGCUGCGUUGAAUCGGCAAGGAAGUGGAGGGGUGGGUGGGGGAUUCGGAGGAGGGAUGGGCGGGAAUAUGGGCGGAGGAAUGGGAGGAAGCAUGGGCGGAGGAAUGGGAGGGAACAUGGGCGGAGGUAUGGGGGGAGGAAUGGUCGGAGGAAUGGGGGGCAACAUGGGCGGUGGUAUUGGGGGAGGAAUGGGCGGAGGAAUGGGGGGAGGGAUGGGGGGAGGACUGGGCGGAGGAAUAGGGGCAGGAAUGGGGGGAGGAAUGGGCGGAGGGAUGGGCGGGGGCGGAAUGGGGGGAGGGCUGAUAGCAGGAGGAAUGACGCCACCAGGGGGCAUGAUGACGCCACUAGUAGGAGGUAUGGCAACCCCACCCGCUAGCAGCUCCAAGCUCUCAACUCGAUCUGCAUCCCCCUUCCGAAUCAAACCUCUCGUGCCCAAGCUCGAGCCCCUCCCAAUCUCCACCACCAAAUCCCCCGUUGCCUCCCCCAGAGCCGCCACAGACAGGCCGCCGCUGCCCUUUGAACCUUCUCAGAACCCACAGAAUCCGAUGUUUCCCAAGUCGGCAAGCCAAACGUCCACCCCCGGCCAAGUGUCGAGAGUCGGCUCGAUGAAUGAUGGGCACGGGAGGGAUGUUAACGGGCUGCCCGGAGGAGCAGGGUUCGGGCAGCAUUUCGGGCAGCCGCAGCCAGGGCAGCAAAUAGGUCAACAGUUUGGGCAGUCAGGGCAGCAAUCAGGGCAGCAGUUGGGGCAGCAAUCAGGUCAGCCGUUUGGGCAGCAGUCAGGGCAGCAGUCAGGGCAGCAGUUAGGGCAGCCGUUGGGGCAGCAGGUGCAGCAGCAGCUGGGGAGAGAAGGCAUGCUUCCCUGGCAGCAAUUUCCCAAAUCAUCCAGCCAGGCGUCCACCCCUGGAAACCUCUCCAGGGGAGGUUCCACUAACGAGGGCUCCAUGCUCGUGCCUCCAGGUGGCUCUCCUAUAGUCACAGCAGCAGGCGCUGGAGCAGAAGGUGCUGGGGAUGAGGAGGGGGACGGGUGGGUGCCUCAGAGGGGAAGGUGGAAGAAGGGCAGCAGGAUAGGGUCGGGAGGAUUCGGGUCCGUGUACAAAGGAAGCGACAUCGAUACAUCACGUGUGUUUGCGGUCAAGGAGGUCAAUAUCUCGGACCACAACUCUAUCUCUCAGCUCGUGCAGGAGAUCGAUACUUUGAAGAAAAUGCGUCACAAGCGCAUCGUCCGAUACCUGGGCUCGGAAACUGACGACAAGUGCAUGUACCUCUUCCUCGAGUACAUGGACACAUCUCUCUCCAAGUACCUGGAGGACUUUGGCCCCUUGGAGGAGCAUCAGAUCGCCAAGUACACUCGCCAGCUGCUGGAGGGGCUGGCUUACCUGCAUGACAACAACAUCGUUCAUCGAGACGUGAAGGGGAAAAACAUUCUGCUGGAUACCAAGGGAAACGCCAAGCUCGCUGACUUUGGUGUAGCGAAAUAUGUGGAGACGCCAUCAGACAUGUCGGGCAUGCGCGGCACUGUGUGGUGGAUGGCGCCUGAGGUGAUCAACAAGCGGCCGGACGGGUACAACUGGCCGGUGGACAUCUGGAGUCUCGGUUGUACUGUCAUUGAGAUGGCCAUGCGGGUUGUCGAUAAGCGUCUGCGCAUCCCUUGGCUUGACAUCGAAGGCAAGCCGCCCUGGGGGGCGUCGCCCACUGACGGGAUGGCGGCUAUUCUGAGAAUAGGCGGCACAACAACCCCACCGCCCAUCCCCAGCCACCUCUCAGACUGCGCCAAGGACUUCCUCCGCCACUGCCUCGCUGUCAACCCCUCCCACCGCCUGCGAGCCCACAAGCUCAUGCAGCAUGUGUUUGUCGCAGGGCCAGUGCCCGUGGGGAUGGGGUUGAGCAGUGGAGGCAUGGGCAGUGGAGGCAUGAGUAGUGGAGGCAUGAGUUCGGCACACAAGCUCAUGCAGCAUGUGUUCGUCGCAGCGCCAGUGGGCUCCAGUCCCAUGCCCGUAGGGGUGGGGAUGAGCGGGGCGGGCAUGAGUGGCGGAGGGAUGAGUGGGGGCAUGAGUUCAGGCCCGGCGUUGUCCGGACCUGGCAUGUACUCCGGCCCUGCUGCCGGACCUGGCAGGCACGGAUGGAGGGACGACAUGGCUGCCCGGGAUUAUAAUGCCGGACCUCCGUAUUUCCCAGGCUCGGCAGCAGGCUUGGUGGCCAACGGAGGUGGGAGAAUGAGCCCACAGCAUAUGUACUCAAGGGGGCAAAACAGCAGUGAGUUUGGGCUAGAGGAAAGAGGAGGGGGAGGGGGAGGAGGGGGAGUGAUACCACCUGCUAGGACCCGCAGCAGCCCAACUGUUGACCUGCGAGAGAUGGCUGAUCAUGCUGAAGCUUUUCUCAAUAAUAACGCUGGUGCGAGUGGCGGGGGGUUUGCUGCUGGUGAUGGGGCUGGUGCUACCAGAACCGGACCAGAGCCGCUGUUUGGUGGCAGUGGCAUUGGCAGCGGCGGCGGUGGUAGGAGGGAUCCAGAGCCUUUGUUUGGCGGCAGUGGCAGUGGCGGCGGCGGCAGGGGUGACCCAGAGCCUUUGUUUGGUGGCAGUGGCAGCGGUGUCGGCGGUGGUAGGAGGGAUCCAGAACCUUUGUUUGGUGGCAGUGGCAUUGGCGGUGUUGGUGUUGGUAGGGGGGACCCAGAGCCUCUGUUUGCAGCAGGUCCUGCAACUUCUGCUGCUGGUGGCAGUGUGGGUGGUUUGGCUGGUAAUGGUGGUCCGGAGCCGUUGUUCCGAGGCUCGGGUGGCGGUUCGGGUCCCGAGCCUCUCUUCUCCGCCAGCAGCACUGCAGCUUCCAGCGCUAGUGGUAGAAGCCAUUCAGGUUCGGGCCCCGAGCCUCUUUUCCCGAGCCAGGACAACCGGACCUCACCUCCUCCUCAUCACCAGUACCAGCAGCAGCAGCAGAUGCCUCUCGACCGCACACGCAGUCCCACAUCUAAUGAGUUACAACCCGUUGGAGGCACAGGCAGCAGCAGCAACAACAGUAUUAAUUACCCAGGCAAAUCCCCGCCUAGAAGCAAGCCUAAAUCCCUCUCCGGCCCUCUCACGCCGCCCCGCCGCCGCCCGAACAGAGAGUCAGGACGCACAUACAGCCAUGGAAUGCCGGCCCUUCCAGACCAAGCAGCUUACCUGGAGGAGAGUGAAGGGGCGGGGGAUCGGCCAUAUAGCGGUGGUGGGAGAUCAUUGGGGGGAGAGCAAGAUGGGUAUCCAUCUGGCAGUGGCAGCAGCAGCAGUAGCGGUGGUGGGUUUGGUGCUGGUGGUGGGGGUGGUGGUGGGGGUGGAGGGAUGUAUGGGGGCCCACAUGGCCUUUCUCCUCCACCUCCGCAGAUGGUUGCUAGGGGGAGUAGUGCAGAUGGGUAUGGCAGUGGUGGAGAUGGGUAUGGCAGUGGUGGGGAUGGGUAUCGCAGUGGUGGCGAUCAGUUUGGUGGUGGAGGGCCAGUGGGGCAUUGGAAUCAGAGAGACGUUUCCCCCCACCGAGCUUCCUCCCUCUCCAUCCCCCCACACGACCGCCCCCACAACUUCCCCUUGCAAGGCCCCCACACGGCUCCCUUGCACCAGUCACCCAGCCAGUACCCCUACUCUUCCCAGCAAAACCCAUACCACCACCCCCAACCGCAGCAGAACCCCUCUUACCCCCAGCGGCCUUACGACCACUACCCCCCGCCGCCGCCUAACCAAUACUCGCAGCAGAUGUGGCAGGGUGGGGGGGGGGGAGGAGGGGGAGGAGGGGGGGCAGGGGGAGGAGGGGGGCGGAUGGGGGGUGGGUGGGAACAGGGGGCAGAGGGUAUGGGUGGGUAUGGGUCUUCAGCUCAAGUCUCUGGUGCUGGUGGUGGGGGUUAUUCUGGUGGUAUACGGGGGGACAUGAGAGGAGGUAUGGGCCCAGGCAUGGUAGCAGGUUCGGGAUCAGCGCAGGGAGUGGCGUACCGUGCAGUGCCUGAUCCCGACCUCGCAAGCCCCCCGUUUGAGUCACCCUACACGGCCCCUGACAUUCCCUUGGACUAUCACCAGCAGAACGGCACCAACUACCCCGAGCAGGUGCUUCUCGCCCCAGCUUCUCCCGAUGGUCUUUUCAUGUUUGUACGGUUUGUCAUCCCCAACAUCAUGCCGUUAAGCGCAUGUGAGAAGAGGCACAAACUUCCAAUUGACCUGCUCACGGAACUAGGGGAAGAGGCAGGGCGUGUCAUCAAGUCUAGUGAGGGGAAAGCAGGUGUGGGGGAGGAGGAAGAGGACGAGAAGGACGCGAAGGAGGGGGAGGGAGGAGAAGAAGAAGGGGAGGAGGGGGAAGAGAGGGAGGUGGAGGGGGGUUUUGUGGAAGGCGGGAUGGAUGCGAGCAAGUGCAGGCGCAAGCGCUCUGUGCUUUAUGGCACGGACCCCAACGCCCUCAACCAGCGCAAGCGCUCCGUGCACUAUGGCAUGGACCCAAGCGCCCUCAACCAGUCAGCAAGUGGUUAUUCCUUCUACUAUGCAUUCGCAGAGGGCACAGACGGAGCAUACGUGUCGGAAGAUACAUUCUUCAUCCCCAUCGGCCUGCUCCUCCCCUUCUUCCCUGUUCCACCGCCCCCCUCUUUUUCCUUCCUCUCUCCUGCUGCCACCACCAGUGGUCGUUCCUUCCGCUAUGCCUUUGCAGAGGGCACAGACGGAGCAUACGUGUCGGGAGAUACAUUCUUCAUCCCCAUCGGCCCACUCGUCCCCGCAACGCGCUACUUCUAUCGAAUCGACGGCUCCCCAACCACCCACUCCUUCACCUCGCUUCCUGCCCCUGGCUCUGCUUCCGCCUACCCGUUCAAAGUCGCACUUGUGGGCGAUGUGGGUCAGACGCUCAACAGAUGCACCACAUUCGACAACGUGAAAGCCGGCAACCCCAGCCUGGUGCUGUUCGCGGGGGACCUGAGCUCUUCCGCCUCCUGCUUCCCACCUCACCUCUAUCCCCUCUGCCCUCCAUGCCAUAAUUGCCCCACAUCCUCCCCGCCAGGCGAUGUGGGUCAGACGCUCAACAGCAGCACCACAUUCGACAAUGUGAAAGCCGGCAGCCCCAGCCUGGUGCUGUUUGCGGGGGAUCUUAGCUACGCUGACCAGUACGGCCCACCGCACUGCACACCUAUGGACUCUGCUCAAUCUCUCCUGACUGCUGAUUCUCCUGAGGCUGGCGGAAAGAGCGAGAGCGAGAGGGAAAGGACGAGCAAGAUAUGUGGGCUGGGAGGGGUGCGCUGGGACUCCUACGGCCGCUUGUCCGAGAAAGUAUUCGCCCAUAUCCCUGUGGCGCACGUCCCAGGGAACCAUGAGAUCGAGCUCGUGCCGAGGUGGGGCGAGCUGCGGCCAUUCAAAGUGUAUUCUGCACGAAUCCCCCCUCUGCUGCACCACCACCACCCGCUGCUGGCGAGCCUGCUGUCCAAGGCCGGACUUACUCCCAACCACCAUCACCAUCAUCAUCACCACCAUGCGUACCCGGCCAAGGCACCGCUCUUCUACUCCAUGGACAUCGGCCCCGUGCAUGUGAUCGCCAUCAACUCCUACUCGCCCUUCGUUAUCUACACGCACCAGUGGUACUGGCUGCGGGACGACCUGUGCCGCAUCGACCGCAAGAAGACCCCGUGGGUGGUGGCGUUCAUGCACGUGCCUCUCUACAACAGCAACGACGGGCACUACCUGGAGGGUGAGCCAAUGCGGUACGAGAUAGAAGAGUGGUUGCACGGGGCAGGGGUGGAUCUGGUGGCGAGCGGCCACGUGCAUGCAUACGAGCGUAGCUACCCCGUGUACGGGAUGAAGCGCAUGGAGAACGGGUGUGCCGCCGUGCAUGUGACAGUUGGAGACGGAGGCAACAUUGAAGAGAUCGCCGGCCCUUUCCUUGAGCCGCAGCCGUCGUACAGCGCGUAUCGUGAGGAGUCGUUUGGGCAUGCUGAGCUGGUGUUUAACGACAAUCACACUGCCACCUACAGCUGGUACCGCAACCACCAGGGAUCGGGCGUGCUCGCGGAUUCCUUCACGCUUCUCAAUCGCGCCAACAGCUGCGGCGGCCUUCGCCGCCCGUCCUUCUGCUCCUCCUAG